AAGGAACGGGAAGCACUAGGGAAGACCUUUAUUUGCCCGGGCGUCGGACUUCUGGAGUCAGCUUGGAGGUCGUGGUGGGAGGAGUCGUGUCUCCACCUCCUAGCGUGCUGUUCGCACAGUUACCUGGGCAGUAUUUUAUUUUUGCCUUGUCGCUUCGGUUUUCCUUUCGUGCGGGGCUGAGAAUCUGGGCAGAGGCUGGCAAUGAUUCCCCCGGCUGUGCAGAACCUUCGGGAGGUGAUGAAGUUCAUCAAGGAUACGCGAGGCUUUGAUAGAGUUUUAGAAAAGGUUACGAUUCUUUCUACAAGCCCUGGAAAGGUGGUUUGUGAAAUGAAAGUUGGAGAAGAACAUACCAAUAGGUUCGGCACUCUACAUGGUGGUUUAACAGCAACUCUGGUAGACGUUAUAUCUGCAAUUGCUUUGAUGAACACAGAAAGGGGAAUACUUGGAGUCAGUGUGGACAUGAACAUAACGUACUUGUCCCCGGCUAAGGUAGGAGAAGAAAUAUUGAUUGCUGCUCACAUUCUGAAGAAAGGAAAAACUCUUGCCUUUGCAAGUGUGGACCUGACAAACAAGACCACAGGAAAGUUGGUAGCACAAGGUAGACAUACAAAACACCUAGGAAGCUAAAAGCACAAUUUCUUCAAAGCUGUUCAAGAAGCAAUCAUGAUUACAUUGUAUUUAUAUUUGAAGUAACUUUAAAAAUAAACAAUUUUAGUUGUGAAAUUCAGUGGAAGCUACUCAGAAACAAAGACUGUAUAUCCAAAGUUGAAGCAGAACAUCCAGCACAGAAUACUGUGGUGGGGUGCCAUAAAAUGGAGCUUAGUUUUGGACAAUGUGUAUAGGGGGUGAGUACUUCUAGUUCUAGAACUAAUCAAUCUUGUGACAAAAAAUACCAGUGACUUUGGUGGAAGGUAAAAAUUGUAAGCGUGCAGGGCCCACGAUACCAUUAAAAAAAAUGGAUUUCAAACCUUAUGUAGAGCUUCAAGGGCACCAAGUCAAAAAUGGCCUUUGACAAAUAGUAGCUAGGAUGUAAUAAAACCCUCGUCUCCCUCAACACAUACAGGAAAGCAGAUUUGGGGAUUUUGUCCCCAUAGCCUACUAUCAACUUUCCCGUGUAUAUGUAGGGAAUUAUCUGAAUGCCUCAUUAACAGUACUAACUAGCAAGUUUAAAAAUCUCCUUGUAAAAGUAGUUUUUCUUAGGUAAAUGUGAUUAUUUGAGCUUCCACUUAAAAUUCAUUAACUGACCAAAGGAGUCAUGUGGAAUCAAUACUUCUUUGGCAGUGCCUAGUCAAGAGAAGCUCUCUACAGCCUCUUUAAUACUAGAUUUAUGAAUUGUUUUCCUACUUUAGAGGAAAAGGAGCUAUAAAGUAUAGCAAAAUUUUUAACAAUCAUUUUCAUUUCACUUUGUGAAACUUAUACCAACUGCCUUAAAAACAUCAUUUUUAGAUGUACAGUAUUUUCUGAGAGAUAAUAAAGUAAUGUUCAUUAUGGUCGGCAUCAUAAUUUUCUCAAGCCUCAUGCUAGAAAGGGAAAGUGGCCGCAAGUGAAGGGAAAGAGGAUAGUUUUGGCCUUAGAGCCGGGAAAAUCUGAGUUCAGAUCCUGUUUCGUAUACCUACUUCUCAUCUGUAAGAUAAUGGCACCUACCUCAGUGUUUUGAGGAUCCAAUAGUUUUUAUAAAGUGUUAUGUACCAGUAAAAGAGAAAACUCAUCUAGGCCCAUAGUGUAGAAAUUCAGAGUGAUAGGGACUGACCUGAUUUCAUUGUGUAGAGAGCUGUCAGUGAGGAAACAUUUAGCAAAAGUGUUGUGCAACUUCAGUUUUACAAAGUUGUAAGGAACACUGAGAGGUUAAGCAAUUUGCCCACAGUCAUACUAUAGAGGUAGUAUGUAUCAGAAACCCAGCUCUUCAUGGCUUUGAUGGGAGCUCUUAUACCAGCCUGCUUUGCCAUAACCAACCAUUAUGUGUUUCACAUGAAUACAAAGUCAGGUAGCUUUCACCUAUUUUAUUUAGAUCUGUGUUUUUCCAAUUCCAAAUAAAAGCUAAAUAUAAAUUUGAAACAGGUAAGCACUAAUUUUUACCCCAAGGGAACAGGCUUAUACAGAUUUACUCCAAUAAAGUACUUAACCCUUAAGCAAAGCCUUCAUUUAAAAACAAAAAA